AUAACCCAUCCUUCCUAAGUGCAAGGUUUAUCUUUGUUUCGCGAAAGCUAAACUGGGAAGCAGUCCUUGUAGGGGCGAUCAUUCACCAAACCCAGUUGCGCACGACUUGGUGACAUCAGUGGGGACGAGAGAUCCUGAAAAAAUUACUCCUGGGAUUGUGUGACGACAGUGACCGGGAAGUAUAAAAGCAGAGCCGAAGAAGUUGUCAGCUCACAUACCUCCAGCAUCUGGCCUAAAGGGUCACCAAGAGCUCCGAGAAGCGGGAAGAAACCAUUAGCAGCGCUGCCAGCGGUGCCUCGGGGUAGGGACGAGGAGAAUUUGGAUACUUUUCAUUAGAGGGCGAAAGAAUAAAACCAUGAAGUCGGCAAGCCUUCUAGUCCUGGCAUCUUUUGUGAUCUGCAACUUGGCAGUGUGUGAUGGACAGGGUCUCCCUGCUGAGGAUGAGAUGGACCGAAGUACCACCAUAGACAACCUCAUGCUGCAGAGAGCACAGAACCUCCUCUUACGCUCUAUUCUCAAAAAGCUGCACGAUGGAGACGGUAGAAAUGAUGGGGUUUUCUCACAACCAGAAUGGCUGACAAAAAGACAGCAUCCCGGCAAGAGGUACUUCGAGGACCUGGAGAAGCGGCAGCAUCCGGGCAGAAGGGAGGUGAUCGACGACGAGCAGUUCUGGGAUAUGCAAAAGAGACAGCACCCCGGCAAGCGCGAAGAUGAAAUGCAUUCGUUCACGGAGUUCCAGAAGAGGCAGCAUCCAGGGAAGCGCUCCACCACGGGACAGAUUCCCGACAGCCCCAUCACGCUGCUCAGCGAACUUUCCAAGCGCCAGCACCCGGGCAAGCGCUAUCUGGUGCUGCACAGCAAGCGCCAGCAUCCCGGUAAGCGUCUUCUCGAAGAUGAGGACGGUGAAGCGGACUGGACUGAGGACGGAGAGGAAGAUAUGUCAGAGCUGGAGAAGCGUCAGCACCCAGGAAAACGCUUUUGGGAUAACUCCAGUCCGGAAUUAAGCACCAGCAGUCCGUGUGAUGUUUUGGACUCUGACAGCUGCAGUAAGACCAGCCUGCUGCUCGACUUUCUGGAAAACAUCAACAAAAGUCACGCCGAGGAGAAGAGACAACACCCGGGGAAAAGGUUUGCACCAGAGGAGGAGAUGGAGGAAGGAAAGUAGGGAAAGAAACAGCUGUUCUGCUUUGUUAUCAACCAAUAAACUAAGUGAUCAAUAUGAAAUAUGAAAAACUGAAAAUUAUUUUAAUUAUUUAACCUUUUGAGCCAUUUUUCUUUGGCACACAGUUUGUAACAUUAACGCAUAGCAUCGGUCUCAAAUUCUUCAUUGGAGCGCUUGUGCGUAAUUAUUCUCAAUAUCUUUAAACUUUGCUGUAAAUACAGAUUCAGGACGAGAGGAGAUGCUAAUCUAAAUCCAAUUAUUUCUUGAGUUAUGUUACGGUUUAUUAUUUUCAUUAGAAUAUUUAUGGCUAUAUAGUAGGAUUAUAAUUACUGGCUUCAGCAAUGUUGCCUCUGUGAGGCAGCAAGUCCUUGUUAGUGUGGCACAUGACAUACCUGAGUCCAGAACUAACAAAAACUGCCUCGCUUGCAUCAAAUAAAACUCUUGACUGAUUGAUUUGUGUUUUAUUUAUACUUAUGUAAAAUAUAAAGAAUUCUUCAGCAAA